AUGAUACUCGACGGCCUCUGCGCCUACGCAGACCACGCGACGCUCCUCUCCCUCCGCGCGACGAGCAAGGCGAUGUGCAAGCGCGUCGACGAGUACCAGCAGCACCACAUCGUGGUGCGCGCCGAGCCGUUCCCCGACAACCUGUGGACCAUGGUGCACGACGGGUCCGUCAUGCAGCUGUUCACGCCCAACAUUGUCGUGUGGGCGUACACGUCCCCGGACCCGCGGCUACACCGCAUCCCCGCCCUGCGCAACUGGCACGAGGGCAUCUUCGAGCGCGCGCAGCCGGGCGCGACGUUCUCCAUCGGCCCGCUGCAGGUGCUCAGCCCGUGGGCGCCGAUCAACGACGGCAAGCUCGCGCACAAGCCGCGCCCGCUGCCCCUUGCCCGGGUAGUCGACUUGAUGGGCCACGUGCCCGUCGAGCGCAUCACCGAGCUGGUCUGGGCCGCGCCGGGCCUCGAGACGACGCGCUACUUCCCCGGCGGGCAGGGCGUGAGCAUGGUCGGCACGUGCACGACCCACGUCGUGAUCAACACGUACCUCGUCUCGCCGGACGGCGACGCGCGCUCACCCCAGUUCAACUACAUGGCGCCCGUGAUCGGCGGCACGCGCCGCGUUGUCAUCAACAUCGCGUACCGCGUCCCGUGUGCGUGGAGCAAGGGCAAGGUCGAGAUCGCCAGGUCCCUCCCACAGAGCGUGGACGAGGUCGUCCUCGUGUUCAACCGUAUCCCCGAGGGACACUGGAAGGCGUUCGAGCGCAACGUCGAGAUCAAGCCCGAGCCCAAGGUGACGCAGAAGACGGCGCCCAAGACAGCCGGCGGCGUCCUCUCCGAAGCCAUCGUCGCCAUGGCGCUGUACUUCAAGUCGGCGCACUUCAAGAAGCUCCCCUUCGCGAUCAAGUUCAAGUUUGUCGGUGCCGACCGGCUCGACCGCAGCGUGUUUGGCCUCGAGGACGGGGACGACCUCCUCACCGAGGUGGUCGAGGGCGUCGAGGCCGCCCUCCGUGACAAGGAAGCUCCUCCCCACCGCCUCGUCAACCCCCGUCGCGAGCUCACCGAAUCGGAGAUCGCUACCUUCCGCGAGAUGGCCUACGACCACAUCGCAUUCCUCACCCAUGCAGAGUACAAGGCGUCGUCGGACCCCGUGCGCUUUGCUCUCGAGGCCGAGUCGACGAUGCACCUGUACGACUAG